UUAGAGGAUGAUGUCAAUGAAUGUAGCUCAUAGGAGGACCUUGUCAAGUGUUCACCAUGUUCAUCUGUGUACUAGUCUUCAUAGUUAAUAUUGUGUCCAGCUUUUAUAUUAGAUCAUCAUAUAACCUGAAGUAGAGACACUGACCUAGGGUAACAAAAAGGAAAAAAAAAAGGGGGAGAAGGAUUCACUGAGGUGCCAGUCCCUAAAGAAAGGUGAAAAUAGGAUCAUCCAAAAUUAGAGGAUAAGUGUCUUGAAACCUCCUUCUUGAAAGAGUUAAAGUCAGAGGAAGAGGGAAAUACAGAAGCAGUCUGGGAGUUCCAGAGAAAACCUGUUGUAUUCUAAUCCUUUCACUGUGACUUACUGCAAUUCACAUCCCUGAAUCCAUUCCACAAAAUAUUUACAAGCAUCUACAAGAAAAGGAUUUAGUCAAUUUUUCAACAUCAAGGCAGUAAAAUGUUUUGAGAUGGCAGUAGAACAAAUGUCUCAGAAUGGUUUGUGAUUAUUAAAAAACAAUAUGCUGAAUUGCAGUAUAAGGUCUAAGAUUUGUUAUAUGGUUAAUGCUGUCAACCCAGCAGGAGGAAGAUGUUCUGGACACCUGGUUCUCCUCUGGCCUGCUUCCCUUUGCCUCGCUGGGCUGGGCGGGUCAGGGGAGGAGAGAGACCACGCCUGACCUUGCUCGCAUCUACCCAACGACCUUGAAGACGGGUAACGGCAUCCUCUUGUGGGUGGUUCAGGUGGUCAUGCUGGGACUCAACUUGACGGAGAGGCUUCCCUUUGAGACUGUGGUGCUGCAUGGCCUCCCGUGUGAUGGUGGCGGCCACAAGACGUCAUAGUCCUGGGGCAAAGUGAUAGACCCCCUGGAUGUGAUCAGUGGUGGCGUCCCUGGAGGUGCGUGACUUGCUGGUGCUGGAGUGUGUUCUGUAUUGAUGUUCAUUGGCUGUGGGACGUGGCCUCCUGUGUCCUCCGUGUUCUCGCCCGGCACAGAGGAAUCACGCAGUGAGGCGCCGGUGAGGAAUGCAAUAGACAAGCCAGCAGAGGCAAUAUUCAAGUAUCCAGCAUGUCGGCGGUCCCGUUGAUGCCGGAUAAGAGGGACUCUACUGUAUCAUUCUUUUUUAUCCUUCAUUUAUUUCUACCUCUUCCUUCUCCUCCUGCUCCUCCUCUUCCUCUUCCUCCACUUGAUUGAACAUUCCUCUUGCGUGUGUGUGUGUGUGUGUGUGUGUGUGUGUGUGUGUGUGUUUAAUUAGUAGUAUUAUGAGUGUAAAUAAUGUUAAGAUGAUGUGUCUUUGGGGGGAGAGGCAGGGGAAUGUAUUGUGAAGUAAUGAGUGAUGCUAUUCUAGAUA